GCUCAGAUCAGAGUUUACAGCUCGGCUUUUGUCUGCCGACCCUGAAUACGUCUGUGCCAAAGUUCAGCGCGCACACAACACGGACAAUAGAAAGAAAGAAGACACUGAACUAGAUGUUCUGCAGACGCUUCAUCUUUCAUAUUGUCUGCGGCACACCUGAGAAAAGUGAAGAAAAGCACCUGAGAGUAUUCAGCGAGGCAGCGAGAUCUCAUCCAUAGGUGAUGCCAUACUGAGACCUCAUCAUUAGUCACCAUCAGUUUGACUGACAUCACCAUGGCGACCAGGACGGCGGAGGUCCAGCGGAGGAUCGUGUCCAAAGACGGCCACAACAACGUGCGUGUCGACAACGUGGAGGGCAUGGUGAAGCUGUACCUGCAUGACAUCUGGACCACGGUGGUGGACAUGAAGUGGCGCUACAAACUCACUCUGUUCGCCUCCACCUUCGUCAUGACCUGGUUCAUCUUCGGGGUCAUUUUCUACUUCAUCGGCAUGGGCAACGGGGACUUUGAUCCCGACUUGAGCGCCAACCGCACGGCCUGCGUGGUGAACGUGAAGACCCUCACCGGAGCCUUCCUGUUCUCCCUGGAGUCACAGACCACCAUCGGGUACGGUUUACGGUACAUCUCAGAAGAGUGUCCGCUGGCCAUCUUCACGCUCGUGGCUCAGCUCGUCAUCACCGGCCUGGCUGAGAUCUUCGUCACCGGGGCCUUUCUAGCCAAACUGGCCCGCCCAAAGAAAAGAGCGGAGACCAUCAAGUUCAGUAAGUCUGCGGUGAUCUGCCGGCGUGCCGGGAAAUUGUGUCUGAUGGUGAGGGUGGCCAACAUGAGGAAGAGUCUUCUGAUCCAGUGCCAGCUGACGGGGAAAUUCCUCCAGUCCAACGUCACGGAGGAAGGUGAGAAGACGCAGAUCCACCAGAGCUCUGUGGACUUCUUCAUGGACUCCAGUGGAGAGUGCCCCUUCCUGAUCCUCCCGCUCACCUUCUACCACGUCCUGGACGAGCACAGUCCUCUCACAGGCCUCAACGCAGAGAACCUGCAGACCCGAGACUUCGAGCUGCUGGUGACCCUGAACGCCACCAUGGAGUCCACCGCCGCCACGUGCCAGAGCCGCACCUCUUACGUCCCGCAGGAGAUCCUCUGGGGGUACGAGUUCAAGCCGGUGUUGUUCAGCACCACGGGGGGCCGAUACGUGGCAGAUUUCAACUUCUUCGACAAGGUGCAAGUCACCAACGAUGCGGUUGUCCUGAGUAACAACACGGAGAAGCUCAAACUGGAGGAGGACUACAAGAAAGAAUAGAGGACAUGUUUUUUUACACCGUUUGAUGUAAUGGUGAAAGUUAGUUUGGGCUUGAUCAGUUGAACUUAGUUUUUAUUUUUCAACGUUUUAGACAUUUACAUAAACAGUAGAAUACUCAUUACCUUCCAGCAACCCAAACCAUCUUGGCAUUACAUUGAGAAUAACAGAUUGCUGCAGGAAUGAGUCAGCAUUUGUCGACCUCUUGGUUACCUUUUCUCAAAGUUGAUGGGUUUUCUGAAUUAGUUUUUUAGAUACAGGAAAUGUACCCUUCGGUUAACACGAGCUUCAGAGACUUUCCAACAAUGCAAACAAUCCUUGGCUCUAUAUAGGAGAAUAUUACUCUACUGCAGAUACUUUUCCUAAAAACUGAAAGAGUUCACAUUUUUGUGCUUCCAGUUUCAUCAUCUCAAGGCCGAGGUUUUUUACCGAAGCUGUUCUCCCUGGCAACUUGCACACAUUGUGAUUGCACAGAGUACAAGUGCUAACCAGAGGUAUACGACAGAAAAAUAAAAAGAGUUGUAGUAUAAUAUAAAUAUAUAUACACAUGUGACAGGUAUAAACAGACUGAAUGUAUUUACACUGAACAUGAUAGAGGACAUUAUUGAACAGCAGUUUAGAAAUUGGAAACACUAUAAGUCAGGUAUACAAAUAUACGGUUUAAUACAGACACUAUCCACAGAAUAAAUACAGAUCGUUAUUGACCCAUCAGAAUGAGGCUCACAUAAACACCAGGGUUCUUUAUAUGACUUUGGGAAUAGCAAACAAGCGGUAAGAAAUCCAACUGUUCAAGACAUGAUUCAUGUGAAGAUACAAAACGUGUUAGUUGUGUUUUAAGGAUGAGUAGCUGAACAUGGAAGAGUGAAAUAUUGUGUGUGAAAGGUUUAUGAUGUAGAUGUUUUGUAAAUAAAGAAAAGUAAAAAUAUAUGUUUUUUGUUCCAAAGUUUAGUAGUUUACUCAAAGAAGCGUACUUUAACUUUGUAGUAACGCCACUUCUAUUAUGUUUAACAGAUCGAAUUGUUAUUUCACCACUGCCCACUGCAUGCUGGCAUAGACACUUUAGUAACAAAUGGUUUCAGAGAAUGACUGUUGGAGCAGUUUGAAGGACAGAACAGGUUCAGCCCCCGUCUCAGGUUGUGUUUAGUUGUUGUUGUGGAAACACAGCGUGUGCGUGGCAGCUGUAUCUGGUCCAAACAAAUCUUUAAAUCCAAAACACAACUGAUCUUUUACUGCCAGAGACAGAGGGGUUCUAACAGCUUGACUAGAAAAUGCUGUCUGAUGUGAGAUCAUCUAAUAUAAAUUAAUAAAACAA